AUGAAUUGUAGUUAUCAUCAUCCAAAUCCAAUAUCUACAAUAUGUGUAGCUCCUCACAAUUGUUAGUGCUAAAGGAAACUGUGCCAUAAAUGCCUCUAUGAACAUGGAGUGGAUGUAAAAUAUGCAAUUCCAGUUGAUCUAAUUUAAGAAAUGGUUAUGAAGAAAUUACAAGAAUACAAUUUAGAUACCUCUGAAAUAAGAGAAUAGAAAAAUAAUUUCAAACUAAUACUCUCUCAAACUGAAAGCAAGAUGAAGAGAAUAUUGGAUGAAUUUACAUAAUCAAUCAAUGAAAUAUAUGAUUUGAUUGAAAAGAAAAAUAAAUCAUAUUCUAAUCUAAUCAAUAGAAAUAUUAAUAUAGCUGAAUCAUCUUAUUCUGAAUUAGAACAAAUAGCCUCAGUUUUAUUAGGGAAUAACAUAAAUGAUUGGCUAGAUGAGAAAAAUUCUUUUUUGGAUUGUUUGUCUUACGGGUAAAAUUAGUGGGAAUAGCAAGUUUAGUAGUUUUUGGAGAAAUUGGAAAAGGAAAUAAUGUCUAGUAUUCAACCUAUUUAACAAAUGUUAGAAAUUUAUGAAAAAAAGGAAGAUAAUAUUGACAGAUCAUUCCUCAAUUAUAUCUUAUAUAUGCUUAAGGAGGAUAAUAAAACAGAUAUCAUUUAAUAUUUAUACAAAAGACAAAAAUCAAAGUUGAGAUUUAUUUCCAAUAUUCUCAAAGAUCUUAGUGAACUUGACUUUUCCAAAGAGUAUUACUCAAAAGAGGAAUGUGAAUAAAGUAGAAAGCAAUUGAUAAGGGAGAUAUCUUAUGAUGAACACAUCAUUGAAUUUUUGAAAUUCCUAGUACAAUUGACAGCUAUUGAUGAGAGAUUUAUCUAAUGCGGAUCAAAUUCAUUGAAUUUAUUAGUCGAAAUGAAGGUGGAUUUGAGAGAAUAAAGUUUUGAGAAAAUAAGGAUAUAAGAGACUUCUCUGGUUGGUGGAAAUUUUUUUCGAUGUAAUUUCAAUGAAUCAAAAUUAUAUGAUGUGGAUAUAAGUGGAAUAAACUUGAAUUAAGCAUAAUUAUUCAAUUGUAAAUGGAAAGACAUCAAAAUACAUGAGUUAAAUAAAUUAGAUGGUCAUUCGAGUUGUAUUAGGUCGGUCAAUUUCUCUCCUGAUGUGUUGAUAAGUCUAUCCGUAUAUGGGAUGUUAAGACAGGAUUAUAAAAAGCCAUAUUGGAUGGUCAUUCUGGAACAUGUUUAUUCAAUUUGUUACUCUCCUGAUGGUACUACAUUAGCAUCUGGUAGUGAUGAUAAUACUAUUCGCAUAUGGGAUUUUAAGUCAUAAUAACGUAGUUAAAUUCUAUCUGUCUGUUUUUCACCUGAUGGUACUACGUUAGCAUUUAGUAGUGAUGAUAACUCUAUCUAUUUAUGGGAUUUAAUAAAUGUUUAAUAUAAAGGCAAAUUAAAUGGUCAUAAUAACUCUGUCAUUUAGGUUUGUUUUUCUUCUGAUGGUAAUACUUUAGCCUCUUGUAGUUAUGAUUUGUUGAUCUGUUUAUGGGAUUCAAAGUCAUAGUUAUAAAACGGCUAUUUAUAUGGUCAUAAUGAUUGGGUUAAUACAGUUUGUUUCUCUCCUGAUGGUAAUACAUUAGCAUCUGGAAGUUAUGAUCAAUCUUUACGUUUAUGGGAUAUUAAGACAGGACAACAAACAGCCAAAUUUAAUGGUCAUAGUGAUACUGUUCGAUCUGUUUGUUUCUCUCCUGAUGGGAAAACAAUUGCAUCUGGCAGUGACGAUGAAUCUAUCCGUUUAUGGAAUGUUAAGACAAAAUAACAAAUAGCAAAAUUAGAUGCCCAUACUAGUGGAAUUUCAUCAGUAUAUUUUUCUCCAAAUGGAACAACAUUAGCCUCAUGUAGUUUUGAUCAAUCUAUUCGUAUAUGGGAUGUUAUGACACAAUAAUAAAAAGCCUCAAUAGAUGAUUGCGCUUGUGAAAUUCUAUCAGUAUGUUUCUCUCCAGAUGGUACCACAUUAGCAUAUGGUGGCAAAGAUAAGUCUAUCUGUUUAAUGGAUAUUAUGACAGGAUAAUAAAAAAGCAAAAUUAGAUGGUCAUUAUGGAUCGGUAAAUUCAAUCUAGCAUUAGCAUCAGGUAGUAAAGAUAGCACUGUAAUUUUAUGGGAUUUUAAAGCCGAAUAAUAAAUCUUAACUUUAGAUAAUAGUGAUAAAGUUAUCUCGGCAUAAACAGGUAUUUAUUUUUCCUAUUAUUUAGCUACAGUUUUGUUAGUUUCUUAAAGUCCCAAUUUAGAAGCUUUAGGAGCUUAAAUUAUGAAUGGAGAAUUUGUAAAUUAAUCUGGAGAGGACUUAAAAUAAUUAUUCAAAGAGAGAGGUGGUAUAUUUUUAGAAAACGAAUUUGCAUUAUAAAAUAAUACAAAAGAUUAUUAUUAUUACAAAUGA